CCGGGGCCUGGAUUGCAUCACUCGGCCAGGGGGCUGGAAGGGUGCAGGGCUGGUGCCACAGAGCAGUACAUAAGCCGCGCACCAGCCCCAGUGCAAGAAUGCAGCGGCGAGGAAACGGGGGAGCCUCCCAGGCUGCGAGGGAGUGAGUGAGUGCUGCCAGGUCGGGGCUGACUUUGCUCAGAGAGGAGCCGCAGCAGUGCAGAGCCGCCGUCAGGGGGCAAGGACAGACCCUCCCGGACUCCGGCCCCAGCCGGCUUGCAAACAAGCUCCAGGCCCUGCGGAUUCCAGAAGACUGAAGAAGGAGAAUGAAGGCCUUCUGGACCCUCUGGGCUAUCUUGCUGUUGGCAGACGGGACGCUUGCUGCCCGGGCAUCCCGCACGCGCAGGGAGCUGGCCCCAGGAUUGCAUGAGCGGGGGAUCCGGGACGCGGGGGGCUCUUACUGUGAACGGCAGGAUGCCUGUUGCCAUGGGAGAAACGAUGGCUGCACGGUGCCCUACCUGGACACCAUUUGCUACUGCGACAUUUUCUGCAACCGCACCAUUUCUGACUGCUGCCCUGACUUCUGGAACUACUGCCUGGGCAUUGACCCCCCAUUCGUUGUACAAAGAGCCUGCAUCCGUGAUGGGCAGAAAUUUCCAUCAGGUGCGACCUAUAGAGAUAACUGCAACCUCUGCACCUGUACUGGCAACGGGCAGUGGGCCUGUGAAAACCACGCCUGCCUCAUCAAUGGCGAUAUGAUUGAUGCCAUCAACAGAGGGAAUUAUGGCUGGAGAGCGUCCAACUACAGCCAGCUGUGGGGCAUGACGCUGGAGGAGGGGAUCCAGUACCGGCUGGGCACCAUCAAGCCUCCCACCGCCGUCAUGAAUAUGAACGAGCUGCAUAUGAACAUGGAUGCCAACGAGGUGCUGCCCUCUUCUUUCAAUGCUGCACAAAAAUGGGCCGGGAUGAUCCACGAGCCACUGGACCAGGGCAACUGUGCCGGCUCCUGGGCCUUCUCCACUGCAGCGGUGGCCUCAGACCGGAUUUCCAUCCACUCCAUGGGACACCUGAAGCCGGCUUUGUCCCCGCAGAACCUUCUCUCCUGCAACACCCGCCACCAGCAAGGCUGCCAGGGGGGCCGAGUUGACGGGGCCUGGUGGUUUCUGCGGAGGAGAGGGGUGGUGACAGAUGAAUGCUACCCCUUCAACAACCAGCAGAAGGACAGCCUGCCCCCUUCCCCUCCCUGCAUGAUGCACAGCCGGUCCACAGGCAGGGGGAAGAGACAGGCCAUGCAACGCUGCCCCAAUCCGCAGGUGCACUCCAACGAGAUCUACCAGUCCACUCCUGCCUACCGCCUCUCCUCCAGCGAGAAAGAGAUUAUGAAAGAGUUAAUGGAGAACGGGCCGGUGCAAGCCAUCAUGGAGGUGCAUGAAGACUUCUUCAUGUAUAGAAGCGGCAUUUAUCGGCACGCGCCUGUAGCAGCAGGGAAGCCGGAACAGUACCGACGGCACGGCACCCAUUCCGUCAAAAUCACAGGGUGGGGAGAAGAAGGAACACCUGGUGGACAAGUCCAGAAAUACUGGAUCGCUGCCAACUCCUGGGGCAGGCACUGGGGUGAGGACGGCUACUUCCGCAUUGCCCGUGGGUCCAAUGAAUGCGAGAUAGAGACCUUUGUGGUGGGCGUCUGGGGCCGGGUUGGCAUGGAAGACAUGCACCACAAGAAGUGAAGAGGUUGUAGGGGGCACCUCACGCCGGGUCACCAGAGAACGUUCUUCCUUCUGUAGCCCCCGCCCUCUUCUUCUCUGGAAAAAAAAAAACAAAUGUCUGGGAUCUGGCUCCAUUACAGGACAGCACGCAGCUGACUGCGUCCAUCCCCAAACAAAAUGGUGCUCAGCGGGGGUCUCUGGAAGGCUGGGUGAUGCCUAGAGGCCUUGGGCUGGUAAGGGGCUUGGGAUAGUCGUCCUGCCGCAGAGCUUUGGAAGUCCCUUAAGAAUUCAUGAAAUUGCUGCCCAGAAGAAAGUCUUUCAAAAGUUAAGAAGGACCAAGGGAGGCCAUCGACUCGGGCCUCCCCCCCCCGCCAAAGCAGGAUUCUCUGCCCGUUCGCCCACCAUGCACUCAAGACCAGAACCUUCCCCACAGAAAAACUGGGAGCAGAUGGCCAACCAACACGCCAAGAUUGCCUAGAGGGCGGAUAGCGUCAGGCAGCUCGGGCAAGCGAGACAAGCCUCGUGCUGCUGCAGAGGGCAGACGAGACACUUCUGUGGAAUCCAAGUUCUCCCUCACAUGCCAUGUUUCUGGAGACAUUUUGGAAGUGUUUCCCCCUCUGGCCUGUCCUUUUCCAGAUGUUUGGGCAGGUGUUGUCAGUGGUGGCCACUGUAAAACCAAGAGUUCGCAGCUUCUCACCUCAAACCCCUUCAGACCUCAGGUAGCGUGGAUCUUUUACUCGCUGCUCUCCUUUGCACAUGUCAGCAUUCUAGUCCCUGUGGAGAACUAAAGAAGCAGCAGCAGCAACCAGGCCUCACAACUUGAAAUAUGUUUCAAGCACUCCAAAGUCUGCUUCUUUCCUGGAUGUCUGUUCCUCAGCCUAUCCAACUUAGCAGAGUGGAUGCUGAAUCUCACCCAGGCAAUGGAAGAGUCUGGAACUUUAAGUCUGAAACUGAAUGCCAGGAAAUUUAGGGCUGACAAGAGGGAGUAUUUUUUCAUACAGUGCAUAAUUAAUCUAUGGAAUUCUCUGCCAUGGGAUGCGGUGAUGGCCACUAGCUUGGAUGGCUUUAAAAGGGGCUUAGACAAAUUCAUGGAGGUCAGGUCUAUACAUGGCUACUAGUCUGGUGGCUAUAGGCCACCUCCAGCCUCAGAGGCAAUGCCUCUAAAUACCAGUUGCAGGGGAGCAACAGCAGGAGAGAGGGCAUGCCCUCACCUCUUGCCUGUGGGCUUCUCAGAGGCAUCAGGUGGUCCACUAUGGGAAACAAGAUGCUGGACGAGAUAGGCCUUGGGCCUGAUCCAACAGGGCUGUUCUUAUGUCAGCUUGACUCUUUAAGAGUCAUCUAAACUCACAGAGAACACAAAAGAGAAAUGUCUGUUGCAGUUUAGACAAGCAUUUCUAGAACUGCUUGGCUGAGCACACCAUAGCUGUUGGGCAAAUCCAGAAAUAUAUCCAAGGCUGUGGGCUUUUCUUGACAAGUUUGCUCAAGCAUGUGUAGAGUUCAUCUUAUCUUGGGAGAUAUCUCUAAUACCAUGCCUGACUUGUGGAGCAAACUGCUGGGCUUAAAAGAAAAUGGCACAUUUGGGAGAUUAUAUUAGGCAUCCUUUGGAAAGAUUUUCAUCAGGAAAGUGGCAUGGAGGUAAAAGGUGUUUAACGCUGAAGAGGCAAGCCUCUUUUCAGUUUAAAUUUUCAGGUGGGUUGCCUCUUCAGCGAGUGUUGUAAACUUCAAGGAAAAAACAUUUUGCUUUGAUAUUUCCCCCCAUCUGUCUUGGAGAUCACCAACAGGGGCACAAAGUACUUAGAUCAUUGCAUCCUAUUUAGCUCCAUCUUUUCUGCUAGUAUACCAAAGCCAUUCUGUUCAACACCCCCUUUCUCCUUGCCAUAUUGUCAAUAUUGUCCAUGAUAUGCACAUUCAUUUCCUUGGUCCUGCUGUCAUCUCUGAUCAAGCGGGAUGGAACCCUGGAAACCCUGUGAAACAAUACACGAGACACUCAGGGCCACUGCUGAAAACAGCAGCCCUGCUCUGAAUUCUCUGUCACUUAUCCUGGGGUUUGCUAUCCCUGUGUGGGAUGCUUCCCGGUUCCUGGUGACAGCAGCCAAUGAUUUGGAGCAGUCCAUUGGAACUGAUGGGGAAAUUUGGGGGGCAGGGGAGAGGUUGUGCCACUUGUUAUGGAGGUGGAGGGAGGAAUUUGAUAUGGGGCUCCUGUCUUGAUAUGGGGCUCCUGUCUUUUAGAUAACAUGCAGCUCUGCAUAGAAAUCUCAGUGGGGUGACUGUGUAUCAUAUCGCCUCUGGCUAUCUGAGGAAAGUAGGGCAGUCACCCAAUUAAAUAAAUGUUGAUCAAUGAAUCGAUUCAUUGGUUGGCUAAAUUAUUACAGGUAUUUGCAUAGGUGUGAAAAGCUUCGAAGCAAAAAGUGUCCAUUUUGUCCUCUCUUCUCCAGUGAUGGCCAUGUGUGUCCUUGCAGGCUGUGUCAUAGAAGAGGCAUUCUCUCCUGCGAGAGGGAAGAGUGGGCAUGCCUCUUCUGAGAGAGGGGUCGCCCUGUGGAGGCUUUAUAAGGAUGUGUAUUUAAAAGCUGUUUAUUUAAAACACUUUAUUACACCUGCAGUCUUAUUAACAGGGACAUAUUUCUAGUCCCUCUAGCUUCAGACUUGGAAGGGAUUUUGGAGGUCAUCUUCUGGCCUAGCCCUCUGUUCAGAACUUCAGAUCGAUUAAGAAGUUUUUCUAAGUGAAGGCACAGUUGGAACCUGGCAGUCCCAGAGAAGAGCUGCAGGCAGCCUCCAGCCCAAGCAAGCCUCCUACCCGGCCGCGGUUCCUCCUUCCCCUUCCCCGGGGCCAUUUCUUCUCUUCCAAACUGGGGAUGAUGAUGAAAACCCUGUUCUCCUGCUUUCCCCGCAUGCUGCCACCCCCUGCUCCUCAACUGCUUGCUCUCCCUUUGCGCUUUCUCUCAUUCACCCUCAUGAGCCCCAUUACAGAUAUGGAAUUCUGCUGACAUGGAGGGUGCACCAGCGUGUAUAUGAUCCACACUGAAAGACUCCCCCCACCCAGCCCAGCCCACUGGCUUCACUCUGCCCCCUCCGUUAUCCCUGUCCCUUUCUUUGGGGUUUUAACGCCUGCCCCUGAGCUCAUAUGCUGCGGGGGGCCUUUUGGGUGCUUAAUCCCAGCCUGGCUUAACAGGGCCAUUGUCAGGAGCCGGACCAUGCUGCUGAGAGCGGGCUUUAGCCGGACGUCGCGGCCGGUUCCGUCACUUUUUCAGGCUUCAUAAGCUGCUGUGUAAACACCCCAUUCAUGUUAAGGAAGCAGAGAGAGAAAACAUGCAUGGAAAGCGGAGAGCACGUUCACGCCUGAGCGAGAGAGCAAGGCUGAGCAUAAGUGACUGCAGCACCAGCAGGCCCCAAAGUCUUGGAGGGGGAGCCGGGAAGGUCCUGGACAAAUUGGGGGAGCCGGAAAGUGCCGGCUGCCAUGCUUGUCUCCCCGCCACAGAUCAAAGCAGAUCCCGGGAAGGGGGGGAGGAUGGGAGGGGGGAGUUGAUGUGGCGGCCAGCCGCUGGCUUAGUUCUCACGGAGGCAGCAAAAUUCUGUCUGGGCUGGGGCCGUAUCUAGAGUUGCCAGUUCCCCUGAAAUUCCAGGGUUCACCUGGAUUUUAAGCAUCUCACCCAGAUUGCUUAGCUCACUCCGAUUCACCUCAUUUCAGCUUUCAUUAAAAAACAAAUAAAUCUACAACUCCACCUUGCAGAAGUGGAGUUAUGGAGCAAAAAGCACAGUGGUUAUUUGGCUCCAAAAAUACUUUCAAGCCAAUGUACAUAAUGUGCAAAUCAGGCACCCGCAUUUGGGAAGCCAGGCUAUGGCAACCGCCGGGCCUGUCUCGGACUCUCUCCCCCAUCCCGUCCUGCCCCGGCGUUAAUGAGAACUGAGCUGCCUGCAGGCUGGCCAUUUGUCAGGUAGAGCUGCAGGGUUAACCUGAUGAAUGGCCAGCCUGCAGGCAGCACAGUUCUCGUUAAUGCCGGCGCAGGUCGGGAUGGGGGGAGAGAGGCCAAAUGGAGCUGCUGCUGGGAAGCAGAGGCAUCUGCACCUCCUUUGGUGCCCCCCCCCGGCUCAUUCGGAUGGGCCACUGGCUACUGCUUCAGAGUGAACAAGGCCUUAGUCUGUGUGUGAAAGGAGGACUCCGGGGCAUCCACUGGCCAGUUUUGAAGUGAGGAUGGAGACGUACCAUAGGAUACAGUCAGCCUCCCAUCCAGUAUGUGUGUGUGUGGGCUGGGGGAACCAUUACACAUGCGAGUUUGGAUUCAUCAUCUUUUUUGUAACACUCUGGAUCAGUUCUGGUUUGGACACUAACUUUUAAAAAGUUGGCCGGUAAUUGUUACAGGCACUUUGAACUGGUUUUGAAGCUGCUUAGAUACAUUUCGUGCAGAAUAAUAUCAUUCAGGGUUUCUUAACCUUGGGCCCCCAGAUGUUGUUGGACUACAACUCUCAGAAUCCCCAGACAUGGCCUUUGUGGCUGGGGAUUCUGGGAGUUGUAGUCCAACAACAUCUGGGGGCCCAAGGUUGAGAAACCCAAUGUAGCCCCAUAAAACAGGGGUUCUCCGCCUGAAAUCCUGCUUCCAGUCAGUGUCGACAAUGGACUGACAUACCAUGCAAUGCUUUAUGCACCUUUAGCGCAAUGUAGGUCUUCCUAAUGUGGGUUGCGAAAGUGCACAUGUGCAGACGUGUCAGAAUUUCCCAAGAGACUUGCACAACCGCAUGGCCCUGAUUUCCAAUGGCCGUGCAACUGGGCAGCUCUCUUUAUGCAAUAGCAGCAUUUAUGCAAGUUGCAAUUUCGCAACCUGCAUUAAAAAGACUUUAAAUGUAUCAUUAGUAUUAAGUCGCAGCAACAUCCUCAUUGCCCUAAAUACUUAUAGAGCGUUGUGUGAUAUAUCAGCUACUGUGUUAGAUGGAAAAGGGUCCGACUCUGUGUGAACACAGCGUGGAUUGCCAGCAUCCACGCCUGGAGGCCAGUUGUGCGUGGCACCUGGGCGUGCAUCUGAUUUACACAUGUAGGCAAGCUUGCUUAUGUGGACAGAUCUCUUGAGCCAGACCAGAGGCCCGUGGAGCCUCUAUGCUGGGCUUGGUUUCUGUCUAGGACAUCUCCCCCUCCCUAUAAUAGCCGACACUUUGCGCACAGGAACAAAACUUGACAAGGGAAAAAAAUACACACACACAGCCCCAAAUUACAACCUACAUUCCAAAGUCUGUAUCUAAAGACAAGAGCAGUCUACCUUACCGUGUCUAGGGUUUUGUGUUUCUGCAAGCCUUUUUAUAUUUAUUGUUGCUUUUUAUUAUUUGUAAAUAAAAUGCAUCAAAGCAUCUGGUGAGAACUA